AUGGGCCUAUCCUCUAUCUUUGGUGGUGCUACACCAUCUCAGCAGCAGACUGUGGAUACCAAGCCGGUCAAUCCGGUGACUGACAAGCUCAAGGGUCAAAUUGUCCAGGAAUUAGCUGUUGCUAACGCUACAGAGCUGGUUAACAAAGUAACCGACAACUGUUUUGAGAAAUGCCUCAUGAGCCCCUACAGUGAAGCCAACGAGCAGUGUGUGGACCAAUGCCUCGCCAAGUACAUGAGAAGCUGGAACGUUGUCUCCAGAGCGUACAUCGCUAGAAUCCAGCAGGCUUCGACAUCUGGCGAAAUCUAG